CACACACAGAAAUAGCCUGCUCAUGUCCUCCAUCAGGCACUGCAGAGGGGAAGAAUGAAUCAGCACGCUCUGGUCCACCGUUCUCCCUCCCACUUUUCCUCCUCCUCUCUGUACGGCUCCCACUUCCUCUCAGGAGUGUGAUGCUGUGCGGUGCUGCACACGGAGGAAGCUGUUUACCCCACCACCCCGCUAGAGCUGGAGGAAGCUGCUGCAUCAUUCACCCCUGACAGGAGUUGGAUGGUUGCUUUUCCAUCAUGCUCAAGUCUCUGUUUGCUUGUGGCGUUCUGGGAGUGCUGCUGAUGCCAGUUCAGUCCCAGCAGAUCUCUGUCUGCGUUGAAGAUGACGGAGACCUGAGAGUGGACUGCCAGAUCGAGCCCAAGGCCAACAAAAUCAGCAGCUACGAGUUCUCCUGGUCACUGGGAACCAAAGAGGCCCUCAUCAACACUAAUGUGUCUGGUUCUGCUUCAGAGGCCCAGUUCAGAGACAAGAGUGAAGUGGUGGAACUGGAUCCUCAUGGCUACAGAAUGACACUCAAAGGAUUCACAGAGACCCUCCCACACAACACCACCUAUAUGUGUAAAAUAUCUGGGCAGGUGGAGAGCAUCAAUGUGGAAAGAGACCAUCUAGCACCGUGUUCCGCUGUGAGCAUGUUUCUGAAGAGCCCCUGGUCCUGGAUCACGUCCCUGCUUCUCCUUGUCUAUCACACACACAGCUAAAAGAAAAUAACGCACACGCUUGUGCAGAAGCACACAGAUAUGACAACACUUCUGCCUUCAUGCACGUGUCUCCUCCAUAAAGAUGAGAAUUCUCCUUAGGCCUUUUGCUUUGCUGCACAAAAUCAUUGCGAUUUCAUGAUGAGAGAAAAAUGAACGUGCUACAAAUUAAUUUCAAUAAAGAGAUGUGUGUACUGACCCUUCCAA